AUGGCCCCACCAUACGAGGCCAAGAUCAUCACCGGAAGUAUUGCUCGAUGGCUUCAUCUCCUGCAGAAACUUGAUAUGCAUGACCUCCGAUUGGGAUCUGAUCCUCGACUGUUAUCUGAAAUGGGAAGACUUCAAGAACACGAAAAAGAGACGAUUGUUGCAUGGCAGGAAGCUUCAGAUAUAUAA